UCUUACAUCGCUAAGAGUGAAGAUUAGGUAACAAUAUUUGUGCUAGGUAAACGGUAAAUGGAAGCGUUGCUCUUUUUAAUUUUGUAGGUUUACCGGCUGUAGAAGAAAAGCUUUGACAUUUGACUGUGUUUGACGAUAACCGCCGUUAUCUAUCUCCACGUGUUGUUAUCGAGUUAAUAUGGCGCUUUUCGGUGCAACAGCAACACUGGUACGAGGUUGCUGCCGCCAGCAACGACCGCUCGCCAUUUUGGCAAAAAAAUCGAAUUUUCUACAAACCGGAAUCGAAGUCGGACAUAUUAAUUUUCGACUUCAGUCUCAAAUAGGAUUUCUUGGUGUUCGUUUCGCGAGUAAAUUUAAUAAAGGCAAAAUGGGUCUUCCCCGUGUAUUUUUCGAUAUGGCUGCCGAUGGACAACCACUUGGACGCAUCGUUAUGGAGCUCCGCAAGGACGUUGUACCCAAAACAGCAGAGAAUUUUCGCGCUUUAUGCACCGGAAAGAAAGGAUUUGGUUAUAAGGGAUGCACAUUUCAUCGUGUAAUACCGAAUUUCAUGUGCCAAGGUGGUGACUUCACAAACCACAAUGGCACUGGUGGCAAAUCCAUUUAUGGUGACACAUUCAAGGAUGAGAACUUUAAACUAAAGCACACUGGACCCGGCAUUUUGUCUAUGGCUAAUGCUGGGCCGAACACCAACGGCUCGCAGUUCUUUAUUUGCACCGUGAAGACAGCUUGGCUGGAUGGACAACAUGUGGUCUUUGGUCAGGUUAUUCAAGGCAUGGAAGUGGUAAAAGCCAUGGAAGCAUUGGGGUGUGCGAGUGGAGGACCCAUGAAGAAAGUAGUUAUUGCUGAUUGCGGUGAAAUAAAAUAGUUUACCGAACGAAUGUAAUUGGAUAAAGUAUUGUAAGCGGAGCAAAUGUGGUUUUGUGAUAGGCGUGACUGGAGUUUUGCCACAAUGGGCGUGAAUUAAAUACAUAUAUACAUAUAUAGGUUUAUUAGAGUUGUACGCAUUGCAACGCAUUCGAUUUAAAAUUUGAAACUAUGUGACGUUGUUGUAGCAACUCACUAUGUGAUAGAAACUGUUGCUUGGAAAAGAAAAUUUAUUUUAUGACAGCAGAUUUAGGAAAUAAUACCAAAGGUUACAUCAAUUCAAAUAUUCCAGAGAGUAUAAAUAAAUCGUAAGAUAUACAUACAUACA